GCCCAUCUUGAGGAGAGGAUCACUUCCGGUUGGGCCUAGCAGCUCUGUGGACAAGGCCGCCCUGCUUUUCAAGGUUCAACAAAACAGUAAAAUGCCUAAAAAAAAGACUGGUGCCCGGAAGAAGGCUGAAAACCGACGAGAACGUGAAAAACAGCUUAGAGCUUCUAGAGGCAACAUAGACUUAGCUAAACAUCCAUGUAAUGCUUCAAUGGAAUGUGAUAAAUGCCAAAGACGACAGAAGAAUAGAGCCUUUUGCUAUUUCUGCAGCUCCGUACAGAAGUUACCAAUUUGUGCCCAGUGUGGCAAAACAAAGUGUAUGAUGAAGUCUUCAGAUUGUGUCAUAAAGCAUGCUGGUGUUUAUAGCACUGGCCUUUCAAUGGUGGGUGCAAUCUGCGAUUUCUGUGAAGCUUGGGUUUGCCAUGGUAGGAAAUGUCUUAGUACACAUGCCUGUAUCUGCCCUCUUGCAGAUGCAGAGUGUGUUGAAUGUGAAAGAGGUGUUUGGGAUCAUGGAGGCAGAAUCUUCAGCUGCUCGUUUUGCCAUAACUUCCUCUGUGAAGAUGACCAGUUUGAACAUCAAGCCAGCUGCCAGGUUUUAGAGGCUGAAACAUUUAAAUGUGUUUCCUGCAAUAGACUUGGACAGCAUUCUUGCCUGCGUUGUAAGGCUUGUUUCUGUGACGAUCAUACAAGAAGCAAGGUGUUCAAGCAAGAAAAAGGAAAAGAACCUCCUUGCCCAAAAUGUGGUCAUGAAACUCAAGAGACAAAGGAUCUGAGCAUGUCAACCCGCUCUCUGAAGUUUGGCCGGCAAACCGGUGGUGAAGAGGCAGAUGGAGCUUCUGGCUAUGACGCUUACUGGAAGAACCUCGCAUCGGGGAAAUACGGGGACGCAAGCUACCAAGAUGAGGAAGAUGACGACUGUGAAGCUGAGGAGGAUGAGGAGGAAGAGGAUGAAGGGAAGGAUUCAGACCCAGAGACUACAGAUCUGUUUACCAAUUUGAAUUUAGGAAGGACCUAUGCCAGUGGCUAUGCUCAUUACGAGGAGCCCACGGACUAGCACUGCUUUUUGCCCAGGAGGCGGUACAACAUCUGGAAGAAGCAAGGCUGUGCGCAUCUAAAUUGUGUUGGUAGCCAGUCAGACGUCGCAACCUUGAACAGAGUCAGUGCUUAUUGGGGGAUUAAAGGGUGUGGAGCUGAUAUAGGAACACAAAUAAUCGUGCUUGCGUUGUAUCCAAAGGGAGAAUUUAAAGAGGAAAAUGGUUUUUCAUUUUAUUAAUCCAAAUAAUUGAAGUGAAUUGAUUCUAGUGGCCUAGGACCUUCUCGAGCCGGGAUUGUGGAGUGUGGGAAAGAGCAGAUGUUGGUAGUUGGUGGCAAUGAAGUUGCAAUUUUUACUAAGUGGCGUUGUCUGUAAUCUCAUGUUGUCUGAUUUCUUAAACGAUAUAGGCCAAAGAAGGUGACUUAUUUUUUUGGCCUGAUGUAAACAUCAUAAUAAAAAAGCUUUCAUAUA